AUUAUGGUCGUCCCAUCAAUGCAGCAAAUAGCUACUUUGUCUAGUGAAAAAGCCUCGUACCAGUUGAAAAUGAUGUGGCAAGGGUGGGACCCACAAGGUAAGCAUGUUGAAGUUCCAAUUCCCAUUCCAAAACAGAAUGAGAUUUUGGUAAAAGUGGAAGCAUCUUCUCUAAAUCAAGUUGACUGGAAAAUGCAGAAAGGAUACAUGCGACCGCUUUAUCCCCGCAAAUUCCCUCAUAUACCUGUUCUCGAUGUGGCAGGAGAAGUCAUAGAGAUUGGACCAGGAGUUAAAAAUUUCAAAGCUGGCGACAAAGUUGUGUCUUAUCUUGGUCUUCAGGUUGGAGGUGGACUAGCUGAGUAUGCUGUGGCUAAGGAGAGUUUGACUGUUGCAAGGCCUCAGGAAGUCUCAGCCGCUGAUGCUGCAGGCCUACCUGUUGCUGGUCUCACUGCUCAUCAGGCUCUCACCGAUUUUGCUGGGAUCAAGCUUGAUGGAAGUGGCAAGCGAGUAAAUGUACUCAUCACUGCUGCCUCAGGUGGUGUGGGACACUAUGCCGUUCAACUAGCUAAACUUGGGAACACACAUGUUACUGCCACUUGUGGGGCUCGUAACAUUGACUUUGUCAAGAGCCUGGGGGCAGAUGAGGUUCUGGACUACAAGACUCCUGAUGGAGCAGCUCUGAAGAGCCCUUCUGGUGUGAAAUAUGAUUUUGUAGUCCAUUGCACUACAGACAUUCCGUGGUCAACCUUUAAGCCAACUCUUAGUGCAAAUGGGAAAGUAAUAGACAUUACUCCAAGUACUAGUACCUUUAUGACUUUUGGUGCAAAUUUGCUUACCUUCUCUAAGAAGCAGUUGGUGCCAAUGAUUGUAUCUGCCAAGCGUGAAAACCUCAAUUUUCUUGUUAAUUUGGUAAAAGAAGGAAAGCUUAAGACAGUGAUUGAUUCGAAGUAUCCCCUGAGCAAGGCUGAAGAUGCUUGGGACAGUUGUAUGCGAUGCCACGCUACGGGGAAGAUUUUCGUGGAACCUUAGCUAUACUACAAAAUUUUCUUGGUAUCCUUACAGUUUCAUUUCUAUGUUUCAGUGAGUAGGUUUGCCGGCUGUCCACUGUCCAUAUGGAUAUUACAUGUUCAUUUGAUAUAGGUUUUUGCCUUGCGUAUAUUUACUUAUCAUUUGCUGUUGUUCUUGGUGUUGCCUAAUAGUUCUUAGUUAUAGAUGUACUAUUAUUUAUAAUUAGGAUUGAUUAAUUUUGCUUUAUGGAAUAAGGAAAAAGUUUAGUU